UCAUUAAUCUCUAGGGUCUCUCCUAGUUCUGCUAAUCCCCAAAUCUCUCUGCUUCGCUCUCUCUCUCAGUAGCUGAAACCUCAAAUCCUUAUAGCUUUAGCUGAUUCCCUAAUCCUACCAUGGCUAAGUUCGGCGAAGGUGACAAGCGAUGGAUCGUAGAAGACAGACCCGACGGCACCAACGUCCAUAACUGGCACUGGUCCGAAACUAAUUGCCUCGAAUGGUCUCGUAACUUCUUCAACAAACAGUUCUCCGGUGUUGUUUUCCUCGCCGGCGAAGGUAAUCUAUUCAUCAAGGUCAAUAAGAUCGAGAAGGUCGAAGGCGAGGCUUAUGUGAAUGUACGCAAGGGGAAGAUCAUCCCUGGAUACGAGCUUAAUGUCUCUUUGUCUUGGGAAGGUGAGGCCAAAGAUUCCGAUGGCAAGACGCUCUUGAAAACUGAUGGAUUAGUGGAUAUGCCUUAUAUCUCCGAUGAGAAUGCUGAUGAAGAUCCUGAGAUUAGGUUUUCAGUCAAGGAUGAGGGACCGAUUGGCAAGACUUUGAAGGAGGCUAUGGUGAAGAAGGGGAAAUCGAUUAUUCAGGAGAAAGUUAGGGUUUAUGUAGAGGCUAUGGCGAAAGGGGGUCCGUGUAGGGAUGAGUUGGAGACGAAGAAGGUUGCGCCGAAACCUGUAGCUGCUGGAUCUGCUACAGCGGCGGUGGAAAAGUCUGGUGCUGUCCCGGCUGUAUCUGCUGCGCCCAAAGCGGCGGAGAGUAAGGUAGUGAAGGAGAAGAAGAAGGUGAAGACUAAGGAAGGGUUUAAGACAAUUACUAUGACUGAGAAGUUUAAUUGCAGAGCUAAGGAUUUGUAUGAGAUCUUAAUGGAUGAGAAUCGUUGGAAAGGUUUUACGCAGAGCAAUGCUAAGAUUAGUAAAGAUGUGAAUGGUGAGAUUAGUGUCUUUGAUGGGUCUGUCACUGGAAUGAAUCUUGAGCUAGAAGAAGGCAAAUUGAUUGUUCAGAAGUGGAGAUUUGGGAGCUGGCCUGAUGGUCUUGAUUCAACGGUGAAGAUCGUUUUCAAGGAGCCUGAACCAGGAGUCACCGUUGUCGAUCUCACUCACACUGACGUUCCUGAAGAAGAUAGGUAUGGGAAUGCGACUGUGGUGGAAAACACAGAGAGAGGAUGGAGAGAUCUAAUAUUCCAUAGGAUCCGUGGAGUAUUUGGAUUUGGGAUAUGAUUAGUGAUUUUUGAUUAUGAAAUAAACAAAAAUCAGCGUUGGCUUUUUUAUCUACAAGCUAGAAUAUGAUUUCAAUUCAAACAAGAGGCACCAAAACAAUGCAAAAAUGUAUGACUUUUUAAGGUUUUCACUUUUUAGUUAAUGCAUUUUCGUUGACUGAUA